CAAACUGCCUGUCAGAGCACACGCAGACUUGUCUGGUUUCCUUUGCAAACCACAGGCGUUUGUGUUAAUGUGAAAGAAGUCAUCGGGUUUGAGAUUUCCCGUUUUGCUACGCAGCCAAUGACGAGGUUUCUCGCGUAAACACGCAGGACUCAGCAUAAAAUAGCCUCCGGUAGCAAAAAAGUCCACUCAAUUUUGACAACAGGUCGGUAUUGAAUGUUGCUUUGCAAUCGGCUCCAGUACCCUACCUCCUUGACCCACUCUUCAGAGGAAGCCCUGUUUCUCCCUGCUUGAUGAAAGGGCCUUAUCAAAACUGUGAACAAACAGAUUGUGACACUGUACAACUUCCUGAGAUCAAGCAGCGUACUGGUUUCUGUGGUUUCACUGUGGACCAGCAUUGACUUACACUGCACUGACAAAUAUAUCUCUGACUCCGGACUCAGACUUGUCUCCUGUGAAUAAAGAAAUGACUGCCAUGCAUUUCGGAUUGAUGCUCGGCCUUCUCUUCUUGGUCGGAGACUCCUUACCAGAGGCCAUACAGUGUGAAGAAAAUGUAAAGCCCGUGAUGGCUAUGCAGAGAGGCACGAUUUAUUUGCCAUGUUACUUUAGGCCCGAGGGGCAGCUCGAUAAGCUGUUGGUGUCCUGGCAAAAGGCACAUCGUGACUAUCCCCUGAUCGUGCAUGCAGAGAGGCGAGGGGGCGAGAUGCAGGGACAGCAGGACGACAGCUUUAAAGGCCGCACAGCUCUCCCUCCUAACUGGGAUCAAACGGGGAAUGUGACUCUGCAGCUCCGAGAACUGAGGAGCACCGAUUCUGGGAACUAUACCUGUUACGUGAGAGCAGAGCAACGUUCCACUGUCUGUGCCUUGCUGCAGCUAACUGUGAACUCAGGGGCCUAUGCACAUCUCUCCACAUGGAUAACAGUCUUGCUCCUACCACUGAUGAAGAUUCUAACAUGAUGGUCACUCCUCCUCCAGCCCACCUUCCGUGAUCCGGACAUCUGGGGUCUGCCUUCCUUCCUCCCACAGCCUUGGCUGGAGAGUCUCAGAACACAGCCUCUAAAGCAUCAGAAUUCUCCUUGUCCACUGAAGCUUGUGGGUUGGGGGGAGUUCAGUCGUGAGAAUAUUCAAGACAAGAAGCCAAAGGAUUUUGUUUGAGUUGAAUGCAUUCAGUGUUGGGGGGGGGGAGGGGUGGAGAGUUGUUAUGAAAUUUGGGAUGUUGGGUACCAUGGGGUAAGACACAAGUUGUUAACCAAGACUUAAUUCCAUCCACAAGCAUCCAUUCCCUCCACAAUCGACGCUCAGUAGCAGCAGUUUGUACCAUCUAAAAGAUGCAGUGCA